AUGCUCGAUAUCAAUGCUAAAGCCGGCGACAUAUCCUUGGCUGAUGACGUUUGUCGUACAAAAUCAUCACCUGAAUCAUCCUCGAGUUCAGGUUCCUUGUCUGCUCCUUCCUCCGAUCAUACCUCUUCCACCGGUUCCGCUGUAGUCUCCAAUGCUCCGAGUGAAAUCAUCACAUCUUCCUCAUCUAUCAUUAGCUCUACAAUUGAAAAUCUCUCACCAACCACACCAGCCCCUCCCCUUCACUCAAUGUUGACCUUUGCUCGCUCGCCUAUUACCGCCUCCUCGACCUUACCAGAAAGCCGAUUGACAAGUCCUCCAAUAUCCUUCCUUUCUCCUAGUCCCUUUGCUUUUGAGAAUCAGGUCGCUCAAGUUGGAACUAGGAUUGACGGUGUCUGGUCUCAAUCCGUAAAUGGAUUACCUUCAAUAUGGCUUUGCUAUCCUAUCUAUAACAGUGGCCCAGUAAGUACCUGCAUCAUAGUUGCUUCGUUAAUCCCCUUCAUGCCUCCACCUCACCAAGUCCAAGCUUCCACAACGCUUCCACUUUCUUCUCAGCAGCCCCGCACGUCAUCUCAAACUUCUUCAGAGCUCAAUGCUUCUUCUCUACAACAACCAUUGAGCUUCCUCGACUGGCUCACCCAGAGCACGUCCUAA